GAAAGGUUAAAUAUACAACUCUGUCCAGUCCCCCAUUAGGCCAUAGUUUCUGGCAAGUGGAGUAAAGGCAUUUAGUUUGAUGGGACCGUGUGAGCAGAUGCUUCGGUAGCCAUGUGUAGUAGCCAGACUAACCUAUAACCUUUAUGUUGAACUAUAUUUGCUUGAAUUCUUGUAGAAAAUAUUUUCUACCAUCCAAGUGAACUGUAACAAUGGGUCAAGCAGAAAGCCACAAUGAGGAGAUGGAUUUGGAGCAAAUUCAGGAGCUGUGUAUGACUUUUAUGAAGGAGUGCCCAAGUGGGGCUUUGCACCUGCAUGAAUUAAAACGGAUCUUUGGUGUACUAGCUAGCUGCGAGGAAGAGACUUUGUACAUUGAGACUGUCUUCCAUUCAUUCGACACAAACAGGGAUAACGCGUUGGAUUUUAUGGAGUAUACGGCCGCUCUUCACCUGAUAUUGCGGGGGAACCUUGAGGAUAGGUUAAAGUGGUCAUUUAAAAUCUACGACAAGGACGGAAAUGGCAAGUUAGACCGACAAGAGGUGAAAAACCUAAUUCGGAUCAUUUACAAAAUCCAGCUUCAUACAACUGCCAUAAACAUGACACCUAAUGAAGUGUGUGACAGGAUCUUUGAGCUGGUCGAUGAAAAUCAUGAUGGCCAGAUUUCCUUUUCUGAGUUCAUGGAGGGGGCCCAGAAGGACGAGUGGGUCAUGAAUAUGCUCAAGCUGGACGUGAACGCUAGUGGCUGGGUCAUGCAGAACUGUGUAAAAAUGACUUGAGCCCUCCAAACAGGUUCUACCAUCUACACAGAGAGGGGUUGUGUCCCUCAAAUGGCAUCUGAGUUUUGUCUUUUUCUCAUGAGAAACCUGAUGCCUUGGGCCUAAAGAUCUGUCUCUGCCUCCAUGUUUGCUUGCGGUGGUUCAGGCAUAGGCAUGGAGCACUUUCCUCCUUAUCACAUCUCGUAGUUGUUCUUUUAACAUGCUGUCCAUGCACGUUGAUGUAUGUCAGAACAACAGGCGGUCUCUUUUUGAGUGCUGACCAGCUGACAGGAUGGAGUCUCAUUCAGCACAUGGCUGUCAUAGCUCACUGGAACUCUGGUAGAUUUCAAACAGAGUUCAAAGGUCAUAUUGUGUGAUAUGAUAUUACACAGGGUCACUAUCUGCAGUUUGCGUAUUUACAUUGGAUUCAAAUGUAAAAGGUUAUGGAAUUCUAUACUCAGUAAUAUUGUGACCGUGGUUAUGAAAUUAUCAUAUUAAUAAUAUUAUGUAAUGAAAAUAAUUAUUUCACAACCUUAUACUUUCAAGUACGAAGUAAGCAGCUAUUUCAAAACAUUAUAUCAAUGCAAAUAUCAUACCAUUAGUAACCUAAAUGUGAUAUCAUGUUAUGUUACCCAUAUUUAUUUUUACCUAUUAUAAUGUUUAAGGAAUUUAUAUCACACCAGAGAACUUAGAAUGGGGAUAUGUUAUAUUAUUCAAUGUCAAGUACUUCAAAUCCUUUCAUCAUACCUGUAAAAAACAACGAGACAUCACAAAAAAGCUUUAAAAAGCUUUAAAUAUCAGCAGUUUAAACUGUGAA